AUGGUGUUUAGGGUCAACAAAGAGGCAGAAAAAGGGCAAAAUGAAGUUCCUGUCGAAAUUGUUCGUGUCGAAGUUGAGAACAAUGUCAACAAUAACAAUGAACUUGUUGCAGUUGUUAAUGUCGAGCCUGCCGUCAGCAUCAGUGAUCACAUUAAGUUCGGUGAUGAUUCGGAUUCACAAGUGUCUUCGAUUGUGAGUGCUCACUGUAAUGGAUCUUCUGAAAGCAUACCUAUGGCGCCUGAGGGAGAUGCAUUACUCGAAUUUAAUAAUGGAUCUUUGCCAAAAAUAGAGGAGAUACCCAAGACAUUUGUAUGGUAUGCUUCAUAUGGAUCAAAUAUGGAGAUGAAAAGAUUUCUUUGUUAUAUCGAAGGUGGACUAGUUGCGGGAAUGCAAGAGGCAUGCGAAGGUAGUAGGGACAAAACUCGACCAACGGAGGUGAAAUGGCGCGCUGUUCCUUAUCGUAUGUUUUUCGGGCGUAACGCGACAAAAACAUGGGGUCCUGGAGGCGUUGCGUUUCUUGAUUUAUACAGGAGUAGGAUGCAUAGAGCGCAUAUUAGGUUGUAUAAAAUCAGUCUUCAGCAGUUCAACGAUGUUCUAAGACAAGAAAAUACUAGAACACAUGUGAUGACUUCUCCGUUGUUCGGCUUGACUGACUUGAAUUACAUCGUUAGGAAUAAUCAUGGGUACAAAUUUGUGAAGGCUCUUAAGAAAGGAUGGUACAGAACAGUUCUCUACUUGGGAAAAGAGCAGAAACUACCGGUGUUGACAUUUACAUGCUCACCAUUAAAAAUGGAAGCGUUCAGAUCAAAUAAACUGCCGAUAUGCGGACCAUCGAAGGCGUAUAAAGAUAUCAUAAUGAAGGCAUUGGUUGAGGAGAGAAAUCUCACACAAAAUCAAGCACUGAAUUACAUCAGAGAUUGUUACAAAAAGCCUCUAAGGGGAUCCAUUUUUAGCCAUUAUUGCCCUUGUUGUUUUUGGUGA